AUGGCGGAUCGUGCUAGAAAAUGGCUGAACGAAGAGUUCCGAACGUACGCGUACAUUCUCCUUUACAUCGCUCUCUCCAGCGGUCAGAUCUUCUUCAACAAGUGGGUUUUAUCAUCGAAGGAAAUAAACUUCCCUUACCCUCUUGGACUGACUCUGCUUCAUAUGGUCUUUUCUUCUGUUCUAUGUUUUGUGGUUACCAAAGUUUUCAAGAUUAUGAAAGUUGACGAAGGAAUGACUAUGGAUAUAUAUAUUAGUUCUGUCAUCCCAAUUGGUGCAAUGUUUGCUAUGACACUUUGGCUUGGGAACACUGCUUACCUUUACAUCUCGGUUGCAUUCGCCCAGAUGUUGAAAGCCAUCAUGCCCGUUGCCGUGUUCAUCCUUGGUGUAUUAGCUGGACUUGAAGUGAUGAGUUGUAGGAUGCUUCUCAUAAUGUCAGUGAUCAGUUUUGGGGUACUCGUGGCUUCUUACGGUGAGAUGGAAAUCAAUUGGAUUGGUGUCGUUUACCAAAUGGGAGGCGUGGUUGGAGAGGCAUUGAGACUGAUAUUUAUGGAGAUUUUUGUGAAACGUAAAGGGCUAAAAUUGAACCCCAUAUCGGUGAUGUAUUAUGUUAGCCCAUGCAGUGCUCUUUGCCUUCUAAUACCGUGGAUCUUCCUGGAGAAACCUAAGAUGGAUGCACAGGGGACAUGGAGUUUCAAGCCCUUGAUGUUGACUCUGAAUUCUCUAUGUACUUUUGCCCUCAAUCUUUCUGUUUUCCUUGUCAUCUCGCACACAAGUGCCUUGACCAUUCGCGUGGCUGGAGUUGUCAAGGACUGGGUUGUAGUUCUGCUGUCGGCCCUUCUUUUUGCUGACACGAAGUUGACACUUAUAAAUCUUUUUGGAUAUGCCAUUGCCAUUGCAGGGGUAGCUGCAUACAAUAAUUACAAGUUGAAAAAGGAAGCUUCUCGUGAUAGCUCUGGCGACACAACUCAAGCCGUACCUCUAGUUGAAUCUCCAGCAUCAAACCCGUGA